AUGAAGUCUUACAUUGCCAUCACUGCCGUCGGUGCCAUCAUUGGCGCUGCCGUCAACGGUAUGCCCGUUCUGGACAACCAGGCCUCUGCCAGCGUCUUGAACGCUCAGAUUCCCGCUCAGGCUGGUGUCGCUGGCUUCAAGCACAACAUCCGCCAGGAUGGUGGCUUCGGUGGCUCUCAGCGCAUCGUGAGCUUCGGCUCCAAGGGCCCGGUCGUUCACCAGACUACCAGCACUUCCUGCACCAAGACUGCCGCCGAUGGUCACAAGCAGCCCAUCGUCACUACCAUGAGCAAGUGCACCACUUUCUCGGUCAACGAGGCUAGCCUUGGCCUCACUGGCAUCAUGGAGAUGUGCGCUGGCAUCAAGAGCACUGUGAGCAUGGACAUUGGCACCAAGACCACUCUUGAGCAGGUCGACGCUCCCAUCGUUACCGCCCCUUACAUCACCUCCGCUCUCUCUAUGGAGAUCGCCACCUCUGCUCCUGUCGAGCAGACUACUACUCAGGGGAUGAACGAGCGCAUAUCCAGCUGGUGCGUCACUGCGACUCGCAGCGAUGGCUCCAAGCCACACCUCUGCACCGUCUCUGUGGACUACGAGCACCCUGAUCCCACCCGAACCUUCGUCUACACUCCCUUCUCCGGUCCUACCCCCACUGAACCUACCUUCUUCCUCACCACCCUGAGCGAGGACCCGGCCAUGCCCUUGAGCGCUCCCGUCUACACUCCCUUCGCCAACGCUACUAGCUCGGAGCCCAGCUUCUUCCUCACCACCUUGAGCGAGAACCCUAAGAAGGUCGCUCCUUCUGCUACCUCAUCCACUGAGGACGUCGAGAUUGGUCUCCCUGUCAUCACUCGUGUUUGGCCCGCUGAACCCGUCGAGACUGAGACUCAGACUGUCGUCGUUACCGCCGGCGUCUAG